AUGAUGAAUUUUCGUCUGGUCCUUUACUUCGGAACCACUUUGGCUCUUGCCGCGUCUUCUAAUGAUACUUCUUCGAUAAAAUCUAGUGAAAAAGUGGCUGUCCCUUCAACUCAGGAGAUUUCACCAGCAACAACUGGUAAGAAAGCGGCUACUGUUUCUGCUCAGAAUUCCUCAAAAGCAGCCAGAGAAGAAGCAACCGCUAAGGCAGUUCAGAAAAAUACAUCAGAAAAAAAGCUUGAGGAAGCAGCUACUACUUUCACUGACGAAACCGCGUCGAAGAUAACCAUUGAGAAAGGGAAUAUUGCUUCUACUCAGGAUUCUUCAGAAGUAACCGAUGGAGCAGAUAUUGACAUUUCUUUUGAAGACUUAAUUGAUGACUUAGUGGACGUUAAAGCAUUAACGAAAAUUUCACAGGGUGCGUUUCGUUUUAUUAAUUUAACUAGCAAGUGUAAGAAGUGA